GCAACAAAGCGAAGCGUCCUCCUCCUGGCGUCCCAGACGGCUGAGGGAGCCGCCGCAGCUGCAGGGGCCGCGCCGGGGAUGCCCAGCGCUGGCGCCGCCGCUCUCCUCCGCGCGCUGCUCGGCUGAAGGCGCACAGGACUCAAUUACUGGAAUUGUCAACUCUGCCAAUUUAUGUGCACAUUUCUCUUCCACUAUGAGCAGACCAAUUGUAUUGCACAUUUGUCUGGCAUUCUGUGGCCUUCUACUUCUCAACGUUGCCACACAAUGCGUGGCCUUCCCCAAAAUGGGAAGAAGGGAGAUAGCACAUGGUCUUGCAGAAACAGGGCAGCCAGAGAGGAUGAACACAGAUGACCCAGAAAAUGACUCUGUUACUUCAAAGUGCACUCCCCAGUUGGUAGUCUCUGAAGAUCCAAUGAUAGUGUUAGCGGGGCCAUCAGCAACAUCUUUAAAUAAAGUAUUUCCUAUUAACAAAGAAGCUCAUCCAGUAGGAACUGGGCUUAUGCAGCCUAAUAGUCCUGACAUUUACACUGCUACUGAGACAGUGAUCCCUGUGGAGGAGGAAGUGUUUGGGUCCAGCCAGCCAGAGAGAGUGUCUCCUGAAAGCCGACUCUCCAAGGCCAUGCUAACCAACCCUACCGCUGCAACCGCACCUCUGAAUAUGGAUGAGAAGGAGGAACUCUUCAGUAGUACCCUCAUUCAGCCCAUUGCGGAAGGGACCACAGAAGCAACACUGGGUUUUCUGAAGCAUGUGGAUCAUCAGUUGUUUGCAACUGAAAGUCAGGAAAGAGUUAGUCUGGGACAUUUCCCUUCCUCCGAUGUGAAUACUAAAGAAAUGCUGACCACCAGUCCAAGGACAGAGAAGUUUGAAGCCGAUGCAGAACAUAGGGCAAGUUUUUCCCCUGGUGCUGAGCCCGCAGCAGGCAUGGCGCCUGGAAGCCCCAUGCCUGAUAGGAAGAAGCCUUUGCAGAUGACAGCUGAUCAUACCCAGACUACCGCCACCAAGCACUGGCUCACAACCUCUGAGUACACCCUGAGUGUUGAGCCAGAAACUGACAGGCCGCUGGGAGCCCCAGGAGUCACAGUGAGUGUCAGCACUGCUGUUCCAGCUGCCUCUGUCAUAAGUGAUGAGUGGGAUGACACUAAAUUAGAGAGUGUAAGCCAGAUAAAGAUCCCAAAGCUUGGAGACAAUAUGGAGACCCAGGUGGGAAUGGCAACGUCUCAGACAGCCCGAGUAACAGAUAACGAUGCUAUGGAAGGUAUGGAAGAGGGUGAACCUUUGACAGAGGUUGCAGAUGUGGCUCUGGGGCAGCCAGAAGGGGAAACCCACAUGGGGACAGCCCUGCUAAUGGCACCCGGGGAGGAGCGAUCGUCUGCCUUCACGGAUCAAAGUUCCUUUACUCCCACGAGUUUGAUGGAAGAUAUGAAAGUCUCUGUUGUAACCCUCUUCCAAGAUACUGCAGACUUCAUGGAAUCCACUAAGGAGAAUGAUGCUAUGUUUUUCAUAGAGACCACUGUCUCCAUCUCGGAAUAUGAAUCUGAGGCGCAUCAACUAUUGGGACAUACAUUGAAAGACAUCCUCACUCAAGAGAUGACAACAGUUGUUCAAGAAACAGAAGCCACUUUAUCACUGGUGACACAAGAGCAGCAGGUUUCUACCCUCGAGGUUACCAGAGAAAAUGGUAAGAUUGAGGAAGGAGAAGAGCCCCCCUCCACCACAUCUGGUGUUCCUGCCGUUACUCAGCUGUCGAGGAGAUGGGAGCCUCUGGCCACGACACUUUCCACUGCGGCCACGCCUCUGUCUUUUGAAGUUACUUCUGCUCUGGAAGAUCUAAUGGACACCAUCACAGGGCCAAAUGAGGAAUUGUUCACACCAGUUAUGGGCUCUCCAGUGACUCCGCCUGGAAUAUUGGAGGAAGCACCCAGCAUUUUCCCAGCACUUUCUGAUUCUGAGGCACCCUCUGAGACAAGAACCAUUGUUCCAUCCAUUAGCCGUGUUAAUACAGCUGCCUCAUUUGGCCUGGAACAACUUGAAUCUGAAGAGGGAGAAGAAGAUGAGGAUGAAGAGGAUGAGGAGGAGGAAGAUGAAGAAGAGGAAGAUGAGGAGGAAGAUGAAGAAGAUAAAGAUGCAGAGCCCCUGGAUGAGAGCUUGGAUGGUGAUGCUGAGCUGCUGGGGUUUACUCUCCCUGGCGUCACGUCUCAGGAACCUGGUUUAGAACAAGGAAACCUGGGCCUGUUGGAGGGAGCUACCUACCAGGUGCCAGACACCAUCGAGUGGGAGCAGCAGAAUCAGGGCCUGGUGAGAAGCUGGAUGGAAAAACUAAAAGACAAGGCUGGCUACAUGUCUGGGAUGCUGGUUCCUGUAGGGGUUGGGAUAGCUGGAGCCUUGUUCAUCUUGGGAGCACUGUACAGCAUUAAGGUUAUGAAUCGGCGAAGGAGAAACGGCUUCAAAAGGCAUAAAAGAAAGCAGAGAGAAUUCAACAGCAUGCAAGAUCGAGUAAUGCUCUUAGCCGACAGCUCUGAAGAUGAAUUUUGAAUUGGAUGGGAGUUUAAUUGGGAUAUUCGACUGUGUUAUCAUUUUAUUUUUUAUUUCGGGACAAAAAAAAGAACAGCAUCCUGCAACAUCACUACGGUCAGGCCAUCAGUCUUACUAUCUUCUGGGCAGUAGAUUUUUCUUGUACUGAGCUGAAAAGGCUUGCUGUAUACUUAAUGUAAUAGUCAGUGUUUGUUUUUCUUCUGUAGUGAAUUUCCCACAACCGUAGGCUACAACUCAUCAAUAUGCAGUGUUCACGUUGCUCACCAGGAGUUGCUAGGUAAAUAAUUUGUAUUUUUCCAAAGGGCCUUUGCCUUGGUUUACCUGCACUAAGUAUAACGAUUAUUGCUGCCAAGGUAUGUUGGCUCUGAAAUAGAAAUCUUAACAAAGAAUAACUUGUGAUGACUGCAUUCUGCCUACUUGAAGCUAUAGGCUUCUGGGCCACAGUACAUCCUACAUUUGCAUCAAGACUAGCAGCAAGUUAGAAUGAAAUCUUUUUGUUGUUGUCAAGAAGAUCUCUCGGCACAUUAGGAUUGUGUCUAGAUUUGUAUGUACCUUGCAUUAUAUACUCCAGUCUCCCAGUUUUAUUAUUUUUCAUCUUCUGUUUUUAUUCUCAUUCUUGGCAGGAAAAAAAAAGCACCAGAAAUAAUACAUUAAGUUGACUCUCAGUCUCAAUGCAAACUUGUUUUCUUAAAGAGUGUGAUUGAGCCCAACAGACCUAUCAGUAGAUUCUUACAUGUCUUUCAUUAAGAGAUGUUCUUUUUUGUGUGUCAUUUGACUUUGCAAGAAGAAAUGAGGAAGAAAUCAGGACGAAAAUGAGGGUUGGUAAGCUCUCAGAGCAUUUAUCUCUGCCAUUUGGCUCUGUGCUUGUGUGGCCACUAUUGUGAAUUAUUCAGAGUGCUGCUUUUCUACUUCUGGGGUCCUGGCCACGCAAUGAUUGGGCCAGCACUGGUUCUUGCUUGGCUUUAUUAGACAACAGACAUCCUGUGGUGGAUGCAGGCUCAUUGGCCAGAGUCCUGGCACAUGAUGGAGCUUAUGAAAACCCAGCCUCUCUCAGGGCAUCCUCUUCCGGGGAUGUUGCCCUAUGUUAGAUCAUUUCUCAUUUCUUUUGCAUUGUAAUUCCUUGCCCUAUCUUUUGGAUCUGGGUAUUUGGGACUUCUUUAAGUCAAGUUUUUAGGGAUAGACUUGGCUCGUUUGCAUGGGGGAAUAAAGGUUACCACUAACACUGUCCUUAGUGCCUGACACAUAGAGAAUCUGUUCACGUUUAUUGGAGCCUGCUGUGCCGCAUUCGAGGCAAGUUGCAGUUAUUCCUCACAGUUACUGUAUGAUGUAGGACAUACGUUAUGACUUAGGAUGUAUGUUUUUAUUCUCCCCGUUGACUAAAGACAGAACUAAAGCAGAGAAGUGAAAUGAUAAUCCAAAAUUAUGCCCAGGAACAAUCAGGACAAGAGCCCACUUGGACUCAAAACUGUGCACCCCUCUCAUCAAUUCAGUGCCUUUCCACAUACUUUGCAGGAAGCAGUGACGUUUCAGGGUCCUUUAAAAACCAAGAUUCUAAGGAAAUACAGGAGACCCUUGAACAACAUGGGAUUGAACUGCACGGGUCCACUUAUACGUGGAUUUUUCAAUACAGUACUAUAAAUCUAUUUUCUUUUUCUUAUGAUUUUCUUAACAUUUUCUUUUCUAUAGCUUACUGAUUGUAAGAACACAGUAUGUAAAGCAUAUAAUAUGCAAAUUAUAUGUUAGUUAGCUGUUUAUGUUAUCACUAAGGCUUCUCAUCAAUAGUAGGCUGUUAGUAAGGUUUUUGGGGCGUCAAAAGUUAUACUUAGAUUUUCCUUUAAAAAAAUUUUUUUAAUGUUUAUUUUUGAGAGAGAGAAACAGAAAGCAAGUGGGGGAGGGGGCAGAGAGAAGGGAGAGAGAAUCACAAGCAGGCUCUGAGCUCUCAGCACAGAACCUGAUGUGGGGCUCGAACCCAUGAACCACAAGAUCAUGACCUGAGUCUAAGUCCAACGCUCAACCCACUGAGCCACCCAGGCACACAGUUAGAUUUUCAACUGUGCAGGUGGGGGGUUGGCACUGUGAACCCCUGUGUUGUUCAAGGGUCAGCUGUAUGUAGUUGGUUGGCCAAGGAACAUUUCACAUGAAUUUCUGUCUUUGUGAAAUGAACAAUGCCUUACUAACUUCCCUCUUAUUCACACACUGGUCUCUUCCUCUCCCACCUCAGCUAUUUCUUUUACAACCACAUAGAUUUACUAUCACCUAUAGAGAACUAAUAGAAAAAACUUUCUAGAAUCCAUUGUUGAAUGAUAGCUAGCAUGCAAGAAUGUUUUCAUCAAAUAAUUUCUUUUUUUUUUUUGCCAAGAGAUGUAAGCAAAUGUGUGAAGUUGGUCAAGAAAAUGAGAAGCUCAAAUACAGUUAGAGGUUAACAAUUGACAAAUAAGCUCAAAGUCGGGCUUUAAAAAUAAAAUUCAGCAUCAUGACACUCAUAAGUAAUUUGUAAUUUCAAGAACAGAGACAUCCUGAGACUGCAUAGGGUAUGUUUGUCUUUUCUAAGAGCAGCCCCUUGCUGUAAGGGUUCCUAAGGUUAGGAGGAGGAUGGGCAUGAUUGUUUUCUUAACAAGCUAUUUAUAGUGAACACACAAUAAACCAUUUCAUUCAGCAAUACCUGGGCAAUGCUAAUGGCUAUCAGUGCCUCAGGCUACUCUUAAUCUGUAGUUUUCACUAGACCAUGGCUAAUAGGUUGAACUUUCAAACUGUAGAAUAAUAAGGUCACAAAUAACAGACACAUAUUUUCAUUUUUUCCAGAAGGCCAUGGGGAUGAUAUGUAUGUGCAUUUAGGCUAAGCAGAAAUGUCUCCGCAGGCCUUUUUUGGGAAGGUGACUGUUAAGAGACAAAGAGAUGACUUAGAUCACAGUAGAUUUCUGUAUGAACCCAUUUCACCACCUGGGUUGUGUGGAAGGUUCUGUAGAUGGCUCAACUGCUAUGCUUAUCUUGGCCACUUUCCUCACUGUCAGUGGCUGUGGCACAAUGAUGUUGAGUAGUUAGCUGAAAUUAUUGAGAGGUUGUUUAUCAGAAUUUUCAGAAAAGGUUGUCUUGUUCUAAACAAAACCCGAGAUUGGGGUGUUGCCACCAGAGGGGGGUGCCGGCUAGUGGUUAUACUAUAGUCCAGAUUAAAAGUAGUAAAUCAGGCACUGAUAGGUUUACCUAACAUAAGUGAUUGAUAUGCUCAUAUUUGCACAUUAAAAAUAAAAAGGCAAACUUUAUUCUAACAACGAACCUUAAAACAUUUAGCAGCAAAAUAAAUAAAGCUGUCUGGUGGGGGCUGCGUGAUAGCUGCAAGCUUCAGUUGCAAACAUCUUCCCUUCUGAGCUGUAUUCAUCUUCUCAGAACUGCAGCUGUCCCACUGCAGGGGCAGGGAUUGUAUCUUAUUCUCAGAGGGAGAGGCAGUGUUUCCCAAACUCCGGGUGAUUCCUGGGAGCUGGCUCCUAGGAAUCACCUGGGAGAUGUGUUCAACACAACAGAUUCCAAGGCCCUGCCCCAGACCCAUUGAAUCAGUAUCUCCAAGGGAGGACUUUGGGACUCUUGUACCCAGGCAAGUUAGAGAAUAGAGUUAGGAGGGCAUCUAUCCAGAGAACAGUUUCCUUAGUAAAGAGAUGAGGGAGAGCAGGUCCCAUGGGGAAGAAACGCCCUAGUCAGCUAUCCAAUAAAUCACACCUGCCGUUGUGGAGAAUGGAAAACAAAAGGAAAGAGAAAAGUGUAGAAGCUUCUAGAACGAAUAGAAUGAUGGGUCAGAGAGAAAAGGUCUCCUCCUAUGUCCCUGAUGUCUUUUUCUCUAAUCAGAAGGUAGUACUUUUCUUUCACACCUCUUCAGAUUUUCCUCGCCCAUUAGCUGCUUCUUUCAGUAGCUGCUAGUUUAAUUUAUAUGCAAUAUUUGGAGUUAAUUAGUAUCCCAGGGAAACAGAUUCCCUUAGCAAUUCCUUAGCCUUGGCUUCAGCUCAUAAACUGCCUCAGAUACAGUCUUCCAGAAACAUUUUCUUAAAGUACCUGUAUCUCUUACAUAGGUCAAUAAUGUUGUGGGGAAAUUGUUAAAGCACAGUUUUAGGACAUAUUUAAAGUAGUUUUAGCUUGGUCAGUCACAGCCGAUUGUUUAUUUCAUUAUUAUUUUUUUUUUUAAAGCUAAGACUAAAAAGUCAAAUGUUACAGAGACAUCAGAAAAUAAUAUAGAGCCAUAUAGAACAUUCUGAAUGCCUGGUGCUUUUCUCCACGUUCCUCCAGAUAUCUCUUUCAUGUGGAAGUCCAAGUGAAAUAUCCAAUUUCUGUGGAUAUGAAUAAUCAAUGUUUCUACCAGCUGCCAAAAAAGUAGCUUUUGGGAAUAAGAUAUAUCAUGUGGCUGAAGUUUAUAGCUAUGUGCCCUUUUGGCAAGGUAGGCUUUGUUAUGAUUACAGGGAAAUCUGUGACAGAAAUCUCUACUUUUAAGGGUAUGUGAAUGUAUGGUGACAAGGAAAGAAGUGUGGGUAGAAGAAGAUGCAAGAAAAGUCACGAUGCAAUGGAAACGUAAACAUGGCACAAAACACUGGAAUGUGCUAGAGGAGGCCAAAGCUCCAUCGAAUGGACUGAUGCUUGGAAAAAUGAUACAGACAAGUAAGGAGAAAAAGGCAAGUGAGUUAGGCCAUUGGCAGGGGAAGGCGCUAUAAAUCUAAAUUUGCUUCCAUCGUUUCCAUCAAAGAAAAUUAUCCUACACUAGGUAGAAAGGACAUGAGUGGGAGGGAAUUGAAACCCAAGAUCAAUGAGGAGACAAAAGGAGCUUGGUUACUUUAAGUAAUCUCAGUUAAAUAUCUUUCUUAAUUAAACAAAGUUCAAAUAACUGUAUAUAAAUCUAUAGGAAUAGGAAACAAUUUGAAAGCAAAAUAAUGGUGUUGACCAAAUAAAAGCCCCUUAUUUGUAUGUUUAGCAUCCCCCAUAGGACACAGACCUUUUUGGGAUCUAUUUACUCCAUAAUUACCAAUUUUGGCAGUCAAAAAUAGCUGGAAACAUAAUUCUGUCGCUUAAGUUCUACAUUCAGCAAAAAUAAUCUGCAUUUAUUUUGUAAGCCACUGUUAGCUAUACAAAGGCAUUGGGAUUACCCUAUUUUGGGUAAUUGAUACAUCUAACUCGCUGUUAAUUAGCCUAAAUUAUGUGUAUAUAGGAUAAAGGAGAGGAAAGAAAGGAGGAAGAAAGAAAGAAAAAAGAAAGAAAUUUCUUCCAGAUAAUAGCAGCCAAAGUGCAAAGAAACAAAUCCUAUACUCCUCUCUUCUAGUAUGCUUAAAUACAGAAAACAAUAUUGGAGUAAAAAGAAAACCACACACAAACUCUCAAAUCUUCCAUUUAGUAAAGCAAAGGUCUUACUUUCCAUUCUCAAGAAGCAACAGGAACAAUAAUACAAAUAAUAACCAUUAAUAAUUUGUAAUAUGGACUAGUAUACAUUCUUACCCUAAGACAGCAGUCUCCAGAUCUGAAGUUUAAGACUGAUUUUGUUGAGAGGUGUAACCUUUUGUGGGAUAACGAUGGAGGAACUAAGGAGAAUUAACUACUGGGAGGAAAAUCCAAUUUUUCCCUUCAAUGCUUAUAGAUAUGGGAACAGAGUACAAACAGAAUGGAAGGAGAAUGGGUGCUCACUUGGCUUUUUUUAUUACCUCUGAGGCUGGGAGGUCACUUGCUCUUGUCUUAAAACACUGAACUUGGUAUCAGGUUAGGACACUGGGGUUUAUAUUAACCAAUGUACUGUACAUCUCCAUGUUUUUUUCCUAAUUCACAGUGAAAGAAAGGAUGGAACCAAUAGCAUUUGAAACAUUUCUCCAAUUUUAUGCCUCACAGAGUUUGUGUACUUUCAGGGGUCUUCAUGAUCAAACAGACCAAAAUAUACACUUAGGAAAGUAUAAAUCCAGUCUUCCAAAAAAAAGGAAGAUGUUUAGAUACAAGGUGCUUCAAGCCCUUCUCUUCCAAAAAGGAAUUUUGGCACAAAAUCUCCAAUGAUCAGUUUCCCUCGUUUGCUUCUUUGUGUAAGAGAUAAAGGAAAGGAGAGGAAAUCUGAAAUGGUUCUGUAGUUGGACAAAUCAAAUCCCAAAAGUCAAGGGACAGAGGGUGGUUAGAAAUUGAGUAAAUGGGCCAUUUUAUCACAGGGGCAGGAUGGGACCCCCCCCCCCAAAAGGAGCAUCUAAUGCUGCCAAGAUUGGGGAUGUUUCUCCAGAGCUGGUAGCAUCAAACCUGAAACCGGAGGGAUGAGUCAGGGUUAGUCAGGUGAAGAGGGGGAUGGGAUGGGUCUUCCAGCCAGGGGAACCUCAUGUACAGAAGCCAGCAGUGAGAGAUCAUGGAAAAUUCAGCAGGGAGAGAUCAAGGAGUUAGUAUGGCUGGAGUGCUGGAUAUACUAGGGAGGUGAGGGUUGGGGUUGGGGUCGCGGGUGGAAAAUGGCAAUGAGAAAUAGGCAGCUGAUCCUGAAGAGUCUGCUAGGUCAUGUCAAGGAAUUAGGACUUCAUUUUGAGGGCAUUCCUAGUUGUCAUGGAAAGAUCUUAUGCUGAGAAGUGUUAAGAUCAGGGCUGAGUUCAUGGAUUGGCAAAGUUAGAGUCGGGGACACCAGUCAGGGGCUGGUGCAGCAAUGCAGGUGAGAGGUGACUGUGGCCUGGACCAAGGCUGCGGGAGUGAAUGGAAGGGAAGGAUGGUUCCAGGAGGGGUUUAGGGCAGGGAAACAGGACUCAGGGGUUGGCUAGAAGUGCAGAUGGGGUAAAGACCGUGGUUAAAGCUGACCAGGGUCAUGACACUUUUGAGGCUCUCCAGAUAUUAUGGAGUCUAGUGUCCUGGCUUCUGAAGGACUGACUUUAUGUUAUUCCAGCACAGCUCACCUGAAAAAAAACAAAUACAAACAAAAAAAACCUUACAUGUCUGCCAGAAAUGUGUAGGCAACUUUAACUUUCUACAUAAUGUAUGUGAGUGUGUGUUCAUUCUCUGUAACUUAAUAGUAGGUUCCAAAGAAAAACUUUAAAUUUAAUAAAACUUAAAUGGAACAUCUGGCAAAAACCCUCCAAAUACCGUUAAAUGAUUAUAUGACUUUGGUUGAGCCCAGGUAUGAAUUACUAUCUGAGCUCUGAUUGCCUCUCUCACUUUGAAAAGACUGGUAAGUUUCUUAUUUUUUUGAUGAGAACCAAAGCUCUGGAUCUUGUGGGGUUUUUUGGGUUCUUUUAUUGUUGUUGUUAUUUGUAAGAACCAACUUGAUACAUUGUAUGUCUAUAGGAUUACUUUCUCAUUUCUUUUUCAGUUUUAUUGAGAGAGUUGGCAUACAGCUCUGUGUAAGUUUAAGAUGUAUACCGUGUAAUGACUUGACAUGUGUAUUGUGACAUGAUUAGCACAGGAAGUUUGGCUAACAGCUAUCUCCUCACAUAGCUACAAAAAUGUUUUUUCCUUGUGAUGAGAACUUCUAGGAUCUUCUCUUAGCAACUUUCAAGUACACCACAUCGUCAUGGUGUACUCAUUUAUCUUGUGACCGGAAGUUUGUACCUUUUGACCACCUUCUUCCAAUUUUCCCACACAACCUACCCCACUCCUCAGGAUCUUGUUUUCUUGAAAACAAAUCCAGGAGGCUUCUCUCAAGGCUGUUCUGCAUGAGGAUGAGGUCAGGGUUUGGGUGUGCGGCUACGAAGCCACGCAGGCUCCAUCUCUCAGCUCUGAGUGGUUUCUGCGAACUUUUGACAGUUGUCAUGGCUGAUCAUCAAGUGGUUAAUCUUCCUUAGCAUAUGAAAAAUAAAGUAGGUUUUCCACGGUUGCCAUGUCAACACAAGGCUGGAUUCUGGAGGGCUCAGGGCAACAAUGUAGGUUUGAGGAAAUGCAGAAAAGCAUGAGAAGAAAAUAAUUAUUACUCAGUCUCACUCCCUGGAAAUAACCAUUGUGAACAUUUUGGUCUGUAUAUUUCUAAUCUUUUUCUCUGUGUAUUUAUGAUAUGUUCUAUAUACAUGCUUUUAUUUGUACACAAAAUCAGGAUUAUCAUUUACUUGCUGUCUUGUUACCUUCCUAUAGCUACAAUUUUUCAUGGUUGUUUAAAAGGAAUAAAGGGAAAGAAAAGAGCUUGUGAA